UCGCUUACUAAGCAAACAGUUAUAAAAGGGUUGUCUCAACACCCCCCAAAGAUAACAGGUUGAGUUUCGUGCCGGCAUGAUGCAUGCUUUGCAAAAGUUUCUGCUUUUUCAUCUCCUGAUGUGUCUUGGACUUCAGGCACUUGGGAGUGAUAUCAUAAAUGGUAAAAAGGCGAAUGAGAAGUUGAUGCUGUAUAUGGCCUCGGUGCAGAACAACAAAGGUCAUCAUGUAUGCGGAGGAUUCCUCAUCGAUGAAAGCUUUGUGCUCACUGCUGCACACUGUGAUGAGAAGAAUUCUAUGAGUGUCGUUCUUGGCACCCACAAUCUCAAGAAGGUUGAUGACUCAAUGAGGUACAAUGUAACGAGGUGCAAGCAUCCAUCUUAUGUCAGUGUCUCAAAAGGGGAUGACAUCAUGCUCCUCAAACUGUCUAAGAAAGCUCAACUGAACAAACGAGUAAAACCGGUUCCACUUAUAAAGGCUGAGAUAAAAAUAAAAGAAAAAGCAAAGUGCCACGUGGCUGGAUGGGGUUCCACAGAAACCGGUGGUAAAACUGAUAAUGUGCUGCGAGACGUGGAUGUGCCUAUCGUUAACCUGGAGGACUGUAAGAAAGAAUGGGCUCAGCCUCCAAAUGGAGUAAAUCUCCCUGCAAAUGUUAUCUGUGCUGGUGGAUAUGGCACAAAAAAUGGAUUCUGUCAGGGUGAUUCUGGUGGUCCUCUGGUGUGCGACAGGAAGGCUGUUGGUGUUGUGUCUUUCAACAUGAGAAAAAACUGUGACUACCCAAAUGUUCCCAACGUCUAUACAAAUAUAUCAAAAUACCUUCCCUGGAUCAAAAAGAUUCUCAAGCAAAAGAAAUGUUGAAUGUUACAAUUUAGCAUGCUUUUAUUACAUGUUGUACUGGCUCCUUGGCUCUAGAACACUUGUUUCUGCCCUCAAAUCUCGUCUUAAAAAUCACUUUUACAGAAUGGCCUUUCCUAAAAACUGACAUAUUUGUUUUUAUUUAAUAGGCUUUAUUUCUUUAUCUUUUGAAUAAUGUUUUUUUUUGUUGUUUUUUUUUAACCUCUUAAUUGUUAUUAAAUCUGUUUAUGCCUAUCCAAACUUUGGAAAGCAUUUUGUGCUUUUUGCUUGAAAAGUGCUCUACAAAUAAAACUAUCGUUACCAU